AUCUCGUCUAGUUGUUUUUGAAAUGGCAGAUGAUGGGAAGUUCCGAAUUGAGAAGUUCGAUGGUACAAAUUUCAGUUGGUGGAAGAUGCAAAUUGAAGAUUUGCUAGUUCAGAAAGAUUUGGACGUAGUUUUGGGUGACAAGCCAGAAAAGAUGUCGGAUGCAGAUUGGGCAGGUUUUGGUCGGAAAGCUAUGUCUGUGAUCUGUCUCUCGUUGCCCAAGAAUGUUGCGUUCAACAUUCUGAAGGAGAAGACAGCGAAGGGAAUUAUGGACGUGCUGUCUAACAUGUACGAGAAGCCAUCUGCACCGAAUAAAGUUUUUCUGAUUAGAGAACUGGUGAACACAAGAAUGAAAGAAGGCACUUCUAUUACCGAGCAUAUCAAUAAGCUGAAUUCGAUCUUAACUAGACCUGCGUCAGUUGGCAUUAAGUUCGAUGAUGAAGUUCAAGCUUUGCUACUGCUAUCGUCUUUGCUUGAUAGUUGGUCCGGAACGGUUACAACGGUUACUGGUUCAGUGGGACCUGAUGGAUUCACCUUUGAUCAGAUUCGAGAUCUCGUUCUUGGCGAGGAUGUCAAAAGAAAGAGUCCAGGGGAGUCAUCUGGUGAAUUGCUUCAUGUUGGUAGAGGCAGAAGAAAUAGCAGAGGUAGUGGGAGCAGGAACAGACAAAGGAGUCAAUCGAAGACUCGUGACAGCUCAGGUGUAACGUGUUGGAAGUGCAAGGAGGUGGGGCAUUUUAGGAAUCAAUGCUCGAAUGACAAGAAAGUGAACAUUGCUGAAGGCUCUACGAGUGACGAGGAGGUCACUCUGACAUGCUGUGAGGAAAGCAAUGUGGAUUCUUAGGUCAUGGAUUCUAGAGCUUCAUUACAUGCUAGACACAACGGUGAAGAAUUGCAGAAUCUGGUUAUCAGAGACUUGGGAAAGGUACGACUUGAAGACGAUAGAGCUCUUGAGGUGACGGGCAUGGGUGACAUGGUGUUGAAGACCUCAGUCGGUCUCUAGACUUUGAAGGAUGUCAGAGUGGUUCCAGGCUUGAAGAAAAGUUUGAUUUCUAU